AUUGUUAAAAACGAAAGGCGGUGAACAUUUUUCAAAAUCGCCAUUUGAAUACAUGGAGGAAGGGAAAGUUGAGACACAACAAUUGAAACAAAAAACCACGUGAUACAAUGCCACGUUAAGGGAAGAAUUGAAAAUGCACAUUGAAUAACAAGGAGAACAUCCAUCAGUCCAAAACAUGAGUUAGUCACGAUAUGUACAUACCUGCAUACGUACAUACAUCACACGUGGAUGCCAUUUAUUAUUUAAAAACCACCCGUGUAGUAUUCUAGCUCUCGUCAAAUAAACCAGGCAAGCUGGUGUCCUUAUAUACGUAUUUAGAUAAAAUGACAUGCACAUAGAUAAAAGACGACCCAAAUUCUAACCCAGACGGAAAGUUAAAGCAAAUUAUUCACCUUCUGAUCCUCGCUUCUUACACUUCGCAUACACUUUUAUUCUAAAAAUUUACAUAUACAUACAUACAUAAAAAAUCGUCGUCAUCAAAUCAUUUGCAUGAAAUCAAAAAAAUACCAUGACCAAGCCUAUGUUAACAUUACUUUUUUGUCUUUGCCUCAAAUCGUUUUAUAAAAUGGGCACAUCAUUACUACAAAUUGAAUACUUGGUAACAACAGAAACACAGAAUAAUUACUCUUCAUUGCUACCUCAUACAAAGAUUAACGAAACUUUGCUACUAACGACUUAUCUUUUAUUCACGAGUAACCAUUCUAAGAACUUCAUUGAAACGGACCGUUUCGGACCUAUCACAAUAGAGCAAAAUGUCCCUUACAUUUCAAAGCAUGGAACAAAUCAUAAGACUUUUUCGGUUAUUCUACCCGACGAAAAAAACCAACAAGAUUCCGGCGCAAAAGCCAUCCAAAUCCUAAAACUGAUCAGGUCGACUAGGUUCGCAUACGAUGAGAGCUUCAUGACCCAAUUUGUCGUUAAACUUUGGAGCCCGGCACAUUCAGGUAUCCUCAAAAUUUUCAAUAAAGGGCUGGACUACGUCGGGAAAAAUAUUGAGGAUGCCACCUUCGUUUGUGGAAACUUAUUCUUUGAAUUAUUUCAUGGUGCGAAAUCCACCAAACAGCAAAUAUAUUACUACUGCUACCAAUGCCCUGAUGACAACCAUUUACUAGUGCAGACCCGACAAGAUACAGAGUUCAUCUAUCAACUAACAAAGGACUCCUUCCUUUCCCGCGGCAUUGCUUUCCUCGUCUCUCGAACUAGUGGGGACGCUGAUGCCAUUACGGAUGCAGACUGUGUAGCCGAAGACUACAAACCUCGAUUUGGACGAUGUUACGAUCCCCACAUCUCGAUCAAGAUAGUUGGAGUAAAGAUGAAUUUAACAUUUCAACCGAAAAUGUAUGAUCUACUAGACGCGCCAAAUCUUGAAAUUUGUUGGAUGUGUUAUCACGAAUCGACGUAUGAAGACGCAAUUCUUUACAGUCCAAGAAUUCAUUUGGACAUUUACAAACCCAUGAGUGUCAUGUAUUGCUACUACUACCGGCGCUUUCUACCCCCAAGUCUCACAAUUCUGCUGGAUCCGUUCGAUCCCAUCGUCUGGGUAGGACUGAUCUUUGUCUCGAUCAUGAUUGGUAGCGUUUUUCGCAGUGCGGAUCUCUCCGUUGAUGUCGCGCGGAUAUUUCUUGGUCAACCUGGUUGUGGAACUUGGGCUAAAAAAGGUACCUCACUCAGCUGUAUUAUCCUACUCUGUGUAGCCCACAUCAGCUGGUAUUAUUCCACCGAGGUUACAACGCAAUUUAUUGAACCACCGCGAGAAAGGGUUGUGCAAAGUUUGGAGGAGUUUGUGCGCUGGGGAAAAUAUAAAUUUGUGAUCGACUCUUUCCUAAAUAUUCGCGCCAUUACGGAGGAGGUUCUGCAUUUUAGGAAAUUCUUGAACACUACUGAUUUCAAUUUCACGGAAGCAUUUCAGGAAUAUCCCAAAUUAGAUGUUUCAAGUUUCCUUGGGAAUAUUAAAGCCUUUAUCUCACUUCUAGCGGAAUUGGAGGGUGCUUUCUUCACCGUGGAUUUUAAAAAUUUCGAAACCUUGGUUGGAAAAGGGGAAAGAUUUCGGAUGCAAAAUAUUUCCUGUUCUUCUGUGAAAGAAAAUAUACCGCGAUGGUUUCCCUGGGUGAUCAGAGGCCGUGGGGGUGGGGAUGCGGCGCAUUAUUUGAAGCUGCUUCAAGGCGCGGGAAUAGGGAAGCGAUGGGAUGGGCUGCAGCUUCUUCAGAGAUUUCGGAUAGACUUUGAACGUUCUGCAAACUCAACGAGGGAGGAAAUGUUCCCGAAGGACGUUCCAAUACCAUUGGUGCUAAAUUCUUCGCCUAAAAUUUUAUUCUUUCUGUACCUGAUUUGUAACUUGGUUGCAGUGUGUAUCAUUCUUGUUGAGAUUUCGAUGUAUUCGAGACUAGAUUUGAUCAAGCAUGCUGGACAUUUGGUAACAUUUGUGAAAUGUUUUGUUAGAAAACGUGUGAACGACUGUAAAAUCUUUGCUAAAAACAGCGCUUCGUUUCUUAACGGUUCCCUUCAUUUCUUCACCGCCUAGCAAGUAGUCUCCGCUAUAAUGUGAAGGUGCAAGAAAGUGCAAAAAAUUAGAAUAAAAAACACGUCAUCUAGCUACGCGCCGUAUAAAUAAACUACGGUGACGGGUUGCAGCUAUGAUGCCAAAUUAAUCGUGGACGAUCACCAAUUCCUUACACAAAGUAUGUACAGUCAAUGGAAAAAGUAUUGGCAACCCCCACGCCAGCUAAAUAAAAUUGGCUGUAG